AGCAGCAGUGAGCAUCGGAGAAAUUAAAAUGCCUUCUGCCUCAUCAGCCUAUAGCUUUAUUUUUGAUCUUUUUGUAAAGACUCUUAAGUAAUUGGAAUAUUGAUUAAUUUAGCUGAGAUCCACCACAUAUUUGAGACUCUAGUGAAUUGACCCUGGCCUCUAUAUAAAGCCUCACAGAAGAUGCAAGGGAUAAAGUUAUAAACCAACUCUUGCAUGGCUAUAGACGCUCGAUCUGUUAUCUGUACAUAUAGCAAGGUAGUUGAAAAUUAGAACAAGGGGAACCAGUACUCUUUAUUAGCCUGCAUGCAUGCACAAAUAUAAUCUGGAGUUUGUUAACUUGGAGUGAGUAUUAGUUCUGCUGGUACUAGUUGGAUUAAUCAUGGCUGAUAUGCAAAUCGUUCUGGCUUUAAAAACUAGUGUGGAAGCGCAGUAUGUGGAAAUGAUGGUUCCUCUUUAUUCUCCUGGGUGCGAGAAGAAAGUCAAGAAGGCCCUAUCCCACCUCAAAGGAAUAUACUCGGUGAACGUAGACUGCAGCCAACAAAAGGUGACGGUUUGGGGAAUAUGCAACAAAUACGAUGUACUAGCCACAAUAAGGACCAAGAGAAAACACGCUUGCUUUUGGAAUCCUGAAGACAACGAUAUUGAAGAGGACGGAGAGGAAGAAGCAGAGGUACCACCGACCGUGACGAUGUCGGAGUCAGACGACUCAACACCACCGAUUGCAAAAAGAAAGUACUUAUUAAGACAGCCUUCUUUAAAGGCUCUCACCAGGGUUCGCUCUUUGAGCUUGAGAGCAUGGAUGAAGGUCUUCACCAGGUCCCAUUCAUUCUCAUGAGUUAAUCAAUUUACAUAUACAUGCAGUAAAGUACUUCAAUGUCAACUCAUUGUUGUAAUUUGUAAAACAAGAUCGAUGAGAAGUAAUGCUAGCUCC